UACGACCUGGAACGUCCGCGCGGACACACGCGUGCACGCACGAGCUUCGACCAAUUUUCAUCGUCGCAGAGGGUUGUGUCUUUUUUCAAUCUUUUUUCAUUGGCCCACCCCCAUCCCCGAGACCAGCUGCUAGCUGUCUUGCGGAAGAAAGAUGCCAUCCGACUGGCUGUGGCUGAUCGCGCUCGGCGCGACGCUGGUCGCCGUGCAGUCCAUGCCGACGGCGGACGAGGCCAAGAGGAUGGACCAGCCGAAAGUAGCCAAGCGCUCGGAGGAAAUGCUGAUACUCGGCAGCCAGCGAGACCAGACUGGUCGACGAGCCGGCGAGAUUAGAGACGGCGCCAGUAGCUUGUCGCCGUCGGCCGAGAAACGAACGCUGAGCGACUCCGGCCUGGAGGACGCGGUCGAGGCGGCCGACAAUCAGCAGCAGCAGCAGCAGCACCACCACCACCAGCAACAGCAGCAAGCGGCGUCAUCGGACGACGGUCAACCAAAGGCAUUGCCGAUCGCCGGCUACGCGAUGGAUCAACGGGCGAACGAGUACGGCAGAGUGUCGGCCAACGAGAUCGGCCACGUGCGCGGCGUCUGGGAUCUGCCGGCCUACGGACGCUACUACGCGAUCAGCGACGAGGACAGGCGCAAGCGGUCCAACGAGUCGCCCGCGCUGAGCAGCGCAGCCGCCGCGGAGCCCGGCAGCACCGCGUCGCCGGCGGCUCAGGCGCAAGCGCAGCACCAGUCGGCGCUUCGGUCUGGCGCCGCUGCAUCGAUGAUCGCUCAGCCCAAGAGGAGCAGCUUGGCGUCGUACUAUCAAGAUCCACGCUACAAGCGCGAGUCCGACUUCGAGCCCGAGGAUUUCCUUGCCUUGCUUUCGCUGUACGACAACGAACGCCGCAAUCGAAGGAACUGGCGGAAUUACGACGGCGACGAUUACGACAGCGCCGACGACGAGUCCAAUCUGAUCGGUCUCGACGACGAAGAUCCGCGAAGCGCUUCCUGGCUCGACCAGCAAUUGGCCUAUCCCCAACAGCAGCAGCAACACCAUUACUUGAGCAGUGACCCCGUUCUCGCGUCCGAACUGGCCGCCUUGAGCCGCUCGCGACCCAACAACUACUACGAGCAAUAUCUCGGCCAACAGUACGGCAACCUCGGCGCCAACGAGCAGCAGUACGACUCGGGCGUGCAGUACGGCGUAGCGCAGUACGGCGUGCCGUACGUGCAGCGCGCCUACUACCCGGCCGAGAAGAGAUUCAUGGUCUCCAGGAAACGAUCGCAGAAUUACGACUCGUACGGCGGCAGGAGCGGUCCGAUGAUGAGCUCGCGGGGCUAUCCGACCUACCAGCACCGCCUGCUCUACUAAGCCGCGCGAGCCGAACACGAGGAGACGGGUCGUCCGUCGAGUCCCGCGGCGAGCAGGAGCACAUAUCUCCAAGGGAAAACCGAGCUCGCACUUGGCCGACCCUCCAGUCCCGCGUCUUCUUCCCCGGUCGGCGCGAGUACGAGCGCAGUUGUUCCGCGGCUUUCCUUCCCCAAGCGGGACGCGACGCUCGCUUUUCCUCUCCAAGACCCGCCAGAGCUAACUGGACAUCCGACCUUCACGUACGCGAGACACUUGGACUUCCAGAGCAUAUCAGAAUUCAAAAUGCACAACAAGACGCUCGCACGCGACUGGAAUAAAGAUGUAGAUUUAGCGUUUUGUUUCGCGUGGAUACGUUCGAUAUUACAUACCGAAAGCUCUUCGGGAGUUUAGCUUGCGAAGCUUGCGAGAAAACAAAGACUAUCAGUUCUACGAUGAACAAUAUUGUCACGUGUGUCCACGACGAUUAUCAGAUGAUUGUCUUUCUCGAUCAAGUUUCAAAUUCUUUUCUGUCCUCUCUUCGGAUCGAUAGAUUUCAAUUUCUUCAAUUCAAUAUUUCAUUGCCUUCUACGAUCGUUGCUCUUUUAUCGAUGUCAGUCGCUAGCGCAGACUCACAAGCUUUUCCAGCAAAUCAUACGAGUAGUUCGAUUACUAAAUCCAGGAGAUUUAAUUAUUGCUUACUAAAGCCCUAAUAAUAAUAAUAAUAAUUAGUAUCUGUUAUACUUGAUAAGAUUCACUAUACAUAGAAAGCAAAGGUAAUGUAAUAUCGACAAUGUUCAGAGAAAAAGUCCAAAUAAAAUGAACGCCCGUAUGUACACCGAUAAAUAGUACAUCGCAAUAGUAUACUCAAUCGUUAGACUAUCAGCGACGGCUCAAAUAACUUUUAGCAGCUUUGCGCGUACUUCUUCGGUUGCUUCCACCGCUGUCAUACGACUGUAAAUUUACGCGUCGACCGCAUCGCCAAACACAAGUUCUUUUGCCCCGCGGCGAAAGAUGCGAGCAAAAAACCAUAGUAAGUUGCGAAAACUUCGAAACAAACAUAAAAAAAACAUGAGAGAGAGAAAUAGUACUAAAAACAAUUAUAUAUAAUUAAGCUCGACGAGUCAACUCGGCCGCUUAAGAUAUAUACGUGUGUAUCUGUUGAAAUACACAUAUGUAUGACGUAUAUUUGUCCCGCAAAGACUUUCUCAACGUGAUUGUAAUGCUCUUGUUCAUUAUUUCCAUCCUUUGUACGUCUCCGAUGAGAACGACAUACCUUUAUUUUAUAUACUUUUCCAGUGUUUCCAUUAACGAUUUUGCUAAAUGUAUUUUUCUGUUUUUCUUUUCAAACUUCCGAAACAAGAUCUGUCAUUGCAGAUCUGUAAAACUAAUUAAAAAAAAAACAGUUUCUUUUUUUAUAAGUAUAAGUCACUUAAAACAUUCUUGAAAAACGUGAUCCAAGUUCGAAUAUAUAUAUAAUUAAAAUAACAAUCGCGUUACAGAAAGCGAUUUAACAGAUGAAAUAUAUAUAUACAAUAUACGUAUAUACAAUAUAUUUUAGAUCUCGGUAAGAAGUCUUGAAAAUAGAUAUAUUUAAAAAAGAUAAAAACACACAAAGUAAAAGCACAGAGUAUGGUGAACUUAGAUACGAAAUGUACCAACAAUAAGCAAAAGAAUGAUGUAUUUAGAUAGAUAUAAGACUUUAAAAGAAACGAAUUGCAAGUUGAAAGUGGGAAUAUAGCAGAAAAAAAAAUUUAUGUACUUUCGUGUAUAUCUGUGAAUCCUCGUCUCGAGAGAUGACCCGACUGACCGCGAGAGAAAAAUUUUUUCAAAAAAAAAUGGUGCUGUGUGCGAGCUGAUACGCUUUCUAAACUGUGUAAGGACGAGAGAGG